AUGACUAGACAAUCUAGACAAGGAAGUAUCAUUGAAGGUCCUCACGCCGUGGGUGCCCCAAACCCAGCUGUGGUUAAUGCUGCAUUAGCUGAAGAAUUAGAAGCUGAAACUCGUGUUGGUCCAGAUGGUAUCGUUAGGUCUGCCACUCCAGACACACCAUCGAUUCCAUUAGUCAAGGACAUCGUGCCCACUUAUAGGCUAGACGGCCAUGUUACCAUUGUUACCGGUGGUUCUGGUGGUCUUGCACAUACUCUAUCGCAGGCACUAGUUGCUCAAGGCUCUCAGGUGGCCCUGGUAGACUUGGCUGUAGAAAAGUUGGCACGUGUGGAGAGAGAGUUGCAAGAGUUCAUCAAGGUGAACAAGCUGACUCCCGUAAACAUUUCUACCUGGGAGUGUGACAUCAGUGAUCCACAGGAAGUGGAAGAAUUGAUUAAUUCUAUUCCACGUGAUCACGACGGUUUGAUUCCGGAUAAAUUAGUGCAUACUGCAGGUUACUGUCAAAAUGUUCCUGCUCAUGAAUACAAUGCUAGGAAGGCUGAGCAUUUGGUCAAAGUUAACCUACUGGGGUCUUUGUACAUUUGUCAGGCCAUGACUAGACAAUUGAUUGAACGUAGCAAGAGAAGAAGAUCUAUUGCUGCUUUGAGGGGAUCUGUAGGUGAAGCAGUGCCACAAUUCCCUAACGCUUCAUUCGUUUUGAUCGGAUCCAUGUCUGGUAUAAUCGUUAACACCCCACAACCUCAAGUCGCCUACAACAUGGCCAAGGCAGGUGUUAUUCAUAUGGUUAAAUCUCUGGCAUGUGAAUGGGCUCGUUAUGGUAUUCGUGUUAAUGCCAUUUCUCCAGGUUACAUCGCUACACCAUUGACUAAGCAAGUCAUUGGUGCAUCGCCAGAAGGUUUAGCUCUGCAGGAACAGUGGACCUCGAGAAUCCCAAUGGAGCGUAUGGCUGAACCAAAGGAAUUCGUCGGUGCUAUGUUGUAUCUGUUGAGUAGAACGGCAUCUUCUUACACUACUGGUGAGAACUUGGUCGUGGAUGGUGGUUACACCAACUUCUAA